AGCUGUUAGUCGGAGAUGAGCUCGCCACCGCCGGUACAGUUAGAAGUGGAAGUAGGUGACGAGCCUAUGGAGGAAGACGCUGCCGACAUGAUACCAGCUGACAGGUUCACGCUCCCGGCACGCGCAGACGCAGUUGUGGAGUUAUGGCGCGCAAAAAUGACGGAAGGUGUGCUCUCACCCGCUCACUUUCAAGACCAUUGGAGGGUCACUGUGCCGAGGAUAUAUUCGCCGCAGCCCAACAGGACUUGUUUAGAUUGGUCAUUCGACGAAGAGCUAGCGACGAAGUUACUCUUGCAACCACUAGAGCAGUUUGUAUGGGGUGCGACAGACGCCAAUCAGCCGGCGGCGCCAAGACGCUCCACGCUUUGUGGACGAGUCUUCAAACAAGGCGAGCCUGCUUACAGCUGCAGGGAAUGUGGAAUGGACAAUACAUGCGUACUAUGCGUGGAGUGCUUCAAGGUGUCUGCGCACAGGCACCACAAGUACAAGAUGGGCCAAUCAGGCGGCGGCGGCUGUUGCGAUUGCGGUGAUACCGAGGCUUGGAAACGGGAUCCUUUCUGUGAACUGCACGCAGCACCACAGGAUCAAGAACAAGCACAAGCGAACGUGAGUCCUGAAGUAGUGUACCGCAUGAAAAUUGUUGCGUCCGUCUGUCUGUCAUACGGCUUCAGACUGUUGACGCACGUCGACCAUUCGCCCGGGGUGCCCAAUGAUCUCAGAUUAAAAGAUGCCGAACGGGAUCUUCUGCAGAUUUUAGACCAGCCAGAUCUCUACUGUACAGUUCUUUACAACGACGAAACACAUACAUUUGAACAGGUCAUAUCGACACUGACCCGCGUAAUGAAGUGCAACCAUCGCGACUCCGUGGAGCUGGUGAGCCUCAUCGACCGCGAGGGUCGCGCGCUCGUCAAGUGCAGCUCUUUCCAAGUGUGCGACAAGCUCAAGAACGAUAUUGAGUCCUGCACGGCGAUGUUCGAAAGGUUCACGUCGCGCCACGGGCCUAUGCUGAAGGUGCUCGUCAUGCACGCACAUCUCGUCGCGCAUCAAACGUUCGCUAUGAAGCUUUUGAACUGGUUACAAAACUUCGUAAGUCAAGAACCAAGCCUUCGAUUAGCCGUGAGUCAAGUGGCUCUCGGUGACGACGCGUGGGGCGCAAGUGGGCCAAGCGGUGGGGUCGCCGGUGGGGUUAUGCAGAACGACUUUCGUAUGUGGAAAGCUGCCAGGACCGCCUGGCAUAGAUUGCUCAUUGCCACCACUUUGAUGGACUACACCACCAAGAAAGCUAUGGCAAUAUUAUUCACUAAGAAUUAUGGCUCAAUUCUGAAAGACUUCAUCCGUGACGACCACGACCACUCGUUCUCAAUCUCGUCACUCUCCGUGCAGCUGUACACGACGCCGACACUGGCUCAUCAUCUGAUCGCGAAACACGACGCGUUAUUCAUUGUGGUUAACACUUUCGUUAGUGAAUGCAAUAGGCGGUGUAACAAUCGAGGUCGCCUGGAAUUUGAGCGCAACCAUAUAAACAUGGCGUUCAAACGCGCGCAAUUCAUUCUAUACGACGUGAAGUAUCUCCUCGGUUCCGUGCCAACAACAUUCGACGACGAGCUGCGUAAAGGGUUCCUUCACGGAUUAUCCCUGAUGCUCAAUCUGCUUGUUAUGAUGCAGGGAAUGGACUCUGUAAUAAGACAAGUUGGUCAACACAUGGAAUACGAGCCUGAAUGGGAGUCUGCGUUCAAUCUCCACGUAAAAUUAGCUCACAGCAUCACUUUGUCAUUGGAGUGGUGCGCGUCAGAGCGUGCUCUGAUUGCGUCCGCUUACCGCAUGGCGCUGCGCAGGCACAGUGACAUCUACACUAAUCAACCGAGGGUCGUUAGAGAAUUGGGCAACCAAAGCGCCUCAGUGAUCCCCUACGACGUUUCCGUCGAGCCAGUGUCCAUACAUCGGCCUCUGUCGCGAUACAUCGCCGGUUUACACUUACAUCUGCACCAACAUGGUUUAUCGUACCACAGCAGAGAGUUUGACAGGCCUGAUAAACCGAAACCUUCUCCUGAAGAGCUUAUAGAACCAGUGCUUCAGACAAUGGCGAUGAUCGCGCAAGUGCAUGCGGGCAUGUGGCGCCGCAACGGGUUCGCCUUACUCAAUCAGCUUUACUUCUAUCACAACGUCAAGUGCCGUGCCGAGAUGCUGGAUCGUGAUAUUGUCAUGCUGCAGAUUGGCGCAUCACUAAUUGAAAGCAAUGAGUUUAUAAUUCACGUACUGAACAAGUUCAACUUACUGCAUUGGGCGGAUGAAGACUUCGAGCAACGAAGAACCUUCGAAGAUGACACUCUGCGGCACACCAUUAGCAUGGUUGAGGAAUUCUUAGGGCUGCUUAUUACUGUGGUGGGUUCACGCUACGUACCAGGAGUGGGGGAAGUAACAAAAGAAGAUCAGACCAAGAAAGAAAUAAUUCAAAUGCUCUGCGUCAAGCCUCUGCCUCAUUCUGAACUCAAUAGAUCGCUACCCGAAGAUCAAUCCCACGAAACAGGUCUAGAGGGAGUUAUUCACGAAGUAGCAGACUUUAUCAAACCUACUGGGGGCAACAACAGAGGCGUUUACAAACUGAAACCACAUCUAUACGAUGAAUAUGAUACGUUCUUCUAUCACUACACUCGCGAGGAUUUGUCGAGGAGUGAGGAGGAACAGAGAAAUAGGAGAAAAGCAGCUGGGCUUCCUGAGUGCUGCCCGCCACCGGCGUUACCGAAACUAACGCCUCCUUUCCGACUAUUAGCAAGCCUACUUCAAUGUGACGCGGCACUGCACGUACUACGCAUAGUACUCGAACGUGCGUUAGACUUGCGUGCCAGGUCAUUCUCCGAGACGCAAGUACACAAGGCUCUCCACUUAAUUGGGUAUGCCCUUCGUGACGAGGAGAGCGGCCACUACGAGUUUCUUGCUUUCGCGGAAAGCGCGGCGCGCUGCGGACUUCUAACCCUGCUGCAAAAACAGGUCAACAACAUUCGAGUUGACGCCCAUAGACCGCUUACUAAGUGGUUGCUUAAUAAGAUGAAGACUUUAUUAGGACAGAACGACGAACAAGGUGGCGAAGGAGACAGUAUGGAGACUGACCAAGAACAAAAGCCUACUGGCGGCGAAAUUGCGGAUGCCGAAAAAGAGCGUCGUGCGAAGUUAGCUGCAGAGCGGCGAGCGAAGCUCAUGGCGCAAAUGAAGGCGCAAAUGAACAACUUCAUUUCAAAGAAUGCUACGCUGUUCGAGGAGACUAACACUGAGGUAACGGAAGAAGAGCAAGAAAUAAGGACGUUGUACUCCGGGGCCGCACUUGGCGUGUGGGGCGGCGGCGUUCCCGAACCUACACGAGUCUGUAUUAUGUGUCAGGAAGAGGCGAAAGUGGAGAUUAAGGCGGAGCCGCUGGUGCUGGUGGCGUUCGCGCAGCAUUCGACGGUGCUGAACCGAGCGCGCGUGGGCGGCUGCGGGCGCGUGCCGGCCGAGUGGCGCGGCGCGCACCUGCCGGCCGGCCGCGGCGCGCAGCCGCACGUCUCCUCCUGCGGACACGCGCUGCACGCGCGCUGCUGGCGCAAGUACGUCGACAGCGUGAUGGACAAGGAGAACCGCAGACCAUAUCGCCUCCGGCAACCGGCAGCUUUCGAUGUAGAAAAGAAAGAAUAUCUCUGUCCACUGUGCGAACGACUUUGCAAUACAGCGUUACCCCUCCUCCCGGGACCGUCUUUACCAACAGGCGUCCCCCCGCCCCUUACCGAAGACACGUUUGAUGAAUCCGUCAAUUUAAUACUCAAGUUGAAACACCAAGUAUGUUCGGAACAAGUACAUAUUUGUACUGAGUACUGCGAAGAAUUGCUCUGCCAAGCAAGAGCAAGAAGUGUUGGUGCGAUGUCAUCGGACAUGGAAGACGAGUCGGCUGACGAGUGCGAAGUCUACGUCUCUACGCAUUCGGAGAAUUUGUUGACUCCCGAUUUCUUGGCUCAUUUUGAAGGAGAAAUUCCGAGUUUUAAUGAUACUACUAAAUCACUUAUUGAGGACUUUGCUUCGAUUCUCCCCUGCAUUUGUGGACUCUCCGAAUCAGGCGGCAUGAUCUCCGUAGCCGCUUUAUAUCGAGCCACAUCCUACACAAUAAUAAGUACAAACACUGUUCUCCAAGCAGAAAAACGUCCCAUACUCGGCGACCAUCUCCCUGCCCGACAUAGAGACGCCUUACAAGCCUUAAUACGCCUCGCUGCCGCUGUUCCUUCAAUAUGGUCCACACCAAAGCACUUAUCGCACCACGCUUUGUCCACUUUAAACGUCUUAGAGAACACCACGCCUUUAAGCCAUGAUGCUUUCGGUACUGUGGUUACGUUAGUGCUGACAGCGCCAUCUCUAUUCUGCAAAGUGGCCGGCCCCGCAAGACCUAACCAUCUGGCAAGACAAAUGACCCUGCAGAGUUUCAGAGCCGAUAUAGUACGAGCUCUUAUUGUCACUGAUGUAUCGAAUUGUAAAUCUGAAGCAAUGGAGGAGGAAGACUUGAAACCGAGACCUGAUUUAGAAAAUCUUUUACCUUUUAUGAAAGAAUUACGCAAAGGGAAUUUGGAUAUAGAAGGGUUGAACCCUAGUGAAGUGUGGGACAGGGUGAAGAAACAAUGCCACAGUUUCUUGAGAUGCUGUUGUCUCUUCUUUCACUUUUUGAGUGAUAUUAUUCCGCCCACAGAAUUGACUGUUGUCGAUGGUGACACAUGGGAAGUCAUGUGUGGGUAUCUCAACUUACCAUGCACGUUUAAAGAGUUGAUAGAUACACCAAACGUGAGGAAGAAAGCUCUGGAAUGGUCCAAUAUGUCGACAGAAUAUUUUAACGGUGAUAUGCUCCCGCAUGUGGUCACGGAACCUGAUGAACCGCCAAAGUUAAUGCCUCUGCCGGAUGAUUUUUCGGAACUCAUGAAUGUGGUUUCGGAAUUUUCGUGUCCGAAUUCGGAAAGGGAGGACAGUAAAUACCCGACAAUGUGCUUAGUGUGUGGACAGAUAUUGUGUUCGCAGAGUUAUUGUUGUCAAACUGAGAUACGAAAGAGUGGGCGUGGGGGUGGCACGGAGCACGUAGGCGCGGUGGUGGCACACGCCAUCCAGUGCGGCGCGGGCACCGGCGUCUUUAUGCGCGUGCGCGACUGCGAGCUGCUGCUGCUGGCCGCGCCCGCCAGAGGCGCCAUGCUGCCCGCUCCCUACCUCGACAGCUACGGGGAGACCGAUCAGGGUCUCCGUCGUGGCAACCCACUACACCUCUGUCCUGAAAGAUACGAGAAUCUUCGCAUGUUGUGGUUAUCACACGGUUUGCAUGAACGUAUCGCACGCGCUCUUGAUACGAACAUGCUUGUCAACACGCAGUGGCAGAACAUGUGAAAUGAUAAAUUACAUUCGACAUUUGCAACGUCAUGAAAGAGAUGUAUAAAACCGUGCAACUGUUGUACAAUGUCUUGUAAAAGUUGCACAAAGCCUUGUAAAAGUUGUACGACGUCUUACAAAGCGUAUGCAAAAUACUGUAAAAGUAUAGAAGUGUGUUGCAAAAAUUAUGCUAUGUCGUGCAAUCAUUCAAAAUAGUCCAAAUAACAGAAAUAGAUUAGAUAGACAUUGUCUUUUAACCAGAUUUAAAAAACUGGUUUUUAUGUUGCAAUCUUAAAAAUAAAUUAAUUACAUUCGUACAUUUGCAAGUGCGGCUGCAUCUUUCUAAGAAAUGUAUGAAUGAAAACGUGACAUCUGUAUACUCACUCUUAUGAAUUGUUAAACGUUUCAGUUUGGGUACGCCCUUGAUGAUUAGGCACCGUCACUAAUACCAUUCAAUAAAGUCAUACACUACUCAAAACAAUAACCCUAGCUAUUGUGUUGUAUAUUUGUCUAGUAUUUUCGGGAGUUAUUUGAACAAUAAAGAUAAUCUGUUGUCUAGUUUAAACUGUGUCAAAACAUAAAUUUCUAUGUUACGUUCCGUCUAUGUUUAAAAAUCUAGUUGGAGUCCCUAGUGUAACGCUCAUUAAAAGACGCGAAGUCUAUCAAAUUUCAAAUCGUAUAUAGCUUUUAUUUUAACUAAAAGGAGUGAGUAGAGAGUUUAAAACAAGUAGGAGAAAAAAUUCCCGUUCUUAUAGUUUACAUGCCUGAUGAGAUAGAUAAUUUAAAAUUUAUGCACAGUUCAUCAAAUACAUAAUGUACGUUAACACUUGUGGUUUAAAGUCAGAUUUUGUAAUAAGACUAACGGAAAAUCCAAAGUAUAAAGUUGACUACAAAGUUUAAAUAAAGGAUGCAGAAUUUUAAAGAACCAAAUUAUAAAAACCAAUACCGCCACCACCAUAAAAAUACCGUCAAUGUAAAGGUGACAAGCCAGCUGCCUACAACAAUAACUGCCUCUGUGGCCGAACGUUUA